AUGUCCUCCGAAACAUACAAACCCCACCACCAAAGGUCUACAACACUUCCAGACGCAGGCACAGCCAAAGAAACCGCAGUGUCACCCCCACGUCGGCCCGCAACCAUCGAAAAUGCUCCGAGAGACGACUGCACACUGGAAGUCAGCGAAAAAGAUUGUAAACUUGAGUUCAGCGAUCGACAAUGUAACCUCGAGUUGAGCCAAUUCAUCGAUGACAAGCAGAUCAACAAGGAGGCCGAGGCUGGCGUUGAUAGCCAGGCAGACGAGAGCCGGCAGCAAUUUACCGUGGAUGGGAAGAGAGACAUUGAGUCGGAUUCAGUGUCAGGGACAGUCAAGCGCCGGACAUCAAAUCGGCGACAAUGGAUGAUUGCAGGCUCGGUCCUUGGAGUUAUCAUCGUUCUAGUUGUCAUCAUUGUUCCUUCAGCGAUUUACGGUACUCGGCAUGCAAAAGCUCAAAAUAAGCUGCCCCAGGAGCCUGCUCCAUGA